AUGAAACAGACAGAAAGCAUAGAAGUUAACACAUUUCUGAUUCAGAUAUUCAGUAAACAGCAUCAUCCAUUUAUUCGUUGGUGGGUGCAGCAACAGAAACUCCACGUGAAAUUCAAUGUUAAGAAAGUUUGUCGUAGUCCAAAAAACUUUUUUCAUUGCUUUACAAGGAGAGUCGACGAAGAAUUUUGCAUAAAACAUUCAUUUGAAUUAGAAUUUCAUGUCUUUCGGCAUGCAUUGAUUGCUCAAUUAGGAAGGUUGCCGAUUAAGUUUCGUGGCUUUGAAAAGUCAUGA